AUGACCAACCAACACCAAUCCCCAAAGCGGAUAUGGGCCUCUUUAAUAACAAACAUGUCCUACCUCCCAGGCCUCCUAACCCUCCACCACUCCCUUAACCACUCCUCAGAUCACACACACCAAGGAACAAAAUAUCCAUUUAUAGCCUUCUACACCUCAACCUUCCCAGCAGAAGGUCUCAAAAUCCUCCAAAGUCGCAACAUCCAAUCCCAAUGGGUCCCCUCAGUAACACCCGCCAGCACACGCAACUACGCGAAAGACCCGCGCUUCGCCGAAACAUGGAACAAGCUAAUCGUCUUCUCACUCGAGCAAUACGAGCGCAUCGUCCUCCUCGACGGUGACAUCCUCAUCCGUCGGAACAUGGACUCAUUAAUGGAAUUACCACUUGACGAAACCGACGUCGAUGGGAGUCGCGUGUUCGCGGCCGCACAUGCUUGCGCUUGUAAUCCCAUGAAGAAGCCCCAUUAUCCUGCUAAUUGGAUCCCCUCGAACUGCGCAUACACGACGCAAAACUCCACACCCGAUGACGCGCAGACCGUUGCGCCACCGCCAGGUUGCGGGGUCGGGAUGCUAAACAGCGGUGUGUUAGUCGUACGACCAUCUGCGCGAGUGUAUGGCGAGAUCACUGCUGCAUUGCAGGAGACGGAGCGAAUUGAGCGGUAUGACUUCCCUGAUCAGGAGUUGCUGUCUGAUGUUUUUACGGGACGCUGGGUUCCACUGCCUUAUGUUUAUAAUGGGCUUAAGACGUUGCGGAUUGAGGGUGUACAUGAUUGUAUUUGGAGGGAUAGCGAGGUUCGAGCUGUGCAUUAUAUCUUUGCCACGAAGCCUUGGCAUGAGAAAGUGGAAGAGGGGGAUUUAUCUGGGUUAGAUGAGACGGGGGUUUGGUGGUGGAGGGCUAAUUGGGAGAGGAUGAGGGUUGAGAGGGGAGUUGGUGUUUCGGAUGAGUUCUCUAGGUCUGUGUAA